UUUAAAUUGAUCCCAGACUGAGUGAAGGUUAUAGCGCUUAACCAGUUUUGCAAUUCGAUCGGUAGGUGUGGAAUUUUUUUCGAAAUGAAUAGACAAUUGAGCGAUGAUUCUCCAAAAAGACUACACUUUAUCGUCGAAAGCUGGAAUUGGGGCACAAUCCAGGACAGGUUGUCCUGAUAUCUGUCCUGCAGUUUAUCAACCUGUCUGUGGAGAGGCUUUAGUAAAUGGAAAAUUGGUGCGAUGUGAAUUCAGCAAUGGCUGUGUAAUGGGUGUCAGCUCGUGUCAAAAUAACAUACGUUUUAGCGAAAAGCCUUUGAAUGAAUGUGCACAAACAGCUCCCAUUUGUAGUGAAUUUCGCUAAUCUAAAAAUAUAAUUUUGCAAAUAAACAACCGUGUUUCACAAACUCCGUUAUGACGAUAAUUUACUUAAUAAAUUUACUCUUUUUGACAAAUAAAAUAUGACUCAUCGCUAUUGCUGUUUUCUA